UAAGUUGGCGUAGGAUUUUCUCACGGACAUCCUGGUUGCAAUGUCAGCCACUGCGAUAAUGAGCAGCAAUUGUCCAGCGCACACCACUCACUGCACCCAACGGCGACAUUUUAGUUAUUGCCGCCAAACUCGAUACCUCGGUGGCAUAUUCCUUACAGAGCGCCGUACUUUCAGACGGCAAAGCCCACCGCCCAGUGCUAGUCGUUCCACAGCCCAAUAGUCGCAGCGAUGGCCCGCAAACCCACCAAGGCCAAACGGCAACCCAUCACCACCCUCCUCCCCCGCCCCGCCCCCAGCAUCACCAAACCCACCGCCUCCUCCUCCACCACAACCCGCCUCCGCUCCUCCCAAAAGCUCAUUUCCACCUACCACACCCUCAACAAAAAGCUCUCAACACUCGUCAAACAGCACGACGAGCCCGCCGCCGCCGCCGUGCGUAGGGAGAUGGAAGCAAUGGGUGGACUGCAUGCGUAUCAGAGGGCGAGUUUGGCGGGGAAUGAGAAGAAGGGGAUUGUGGCGAGUGAGAAAUGGGUGUUGCCGUUUUUGAGGAAGGAGCGGACGAGGGUCCAUGGUAUUGCUCAGGCGGUGGAAGGAGAGGUUGAUAAGGACGCGGACGAUGCAACAGUGACGACGGGGACGAAAGCAAAAGAACCGACAACAAAACUGAAGAUGUUGGACGUUGGAGCGGUGAACGGGCAAACGUAUGCGAAACAGGCGUCGUGGAUCGACGUGUCCAGGAUCGAUUUGAACCCGCAGGAGCCUGGGAUUGAGAAGCAGGAUUUCUUUGAGCGGUCGUUGCCGAAAUCGGAUGCGGAGCGGUUUCAUGUGCUGUGUUUGAGUUUGGUGGUGAAUUUUGUGGGGGAUCCGAAGGCGAGAGGCGAUAUGCUCCUCAAAACCCUCCACUACCUCCUCCCCCACGGCCUCCUCUUCCUCGCCCUCCCUCUCCCCUGCCUCACCAACUCGCGCUACAUGACCCAUGAACACUUCACCGCCAUCCUCACAUCCAUGGGCUACGAGCUCGUCGACCAUCAUCAUGCGCGCAAGCUUGCGUUCUACGUGUUUCGGAAAAGCGGGAAUGGGAAGAAGGGCAAGGGAGGGAAGAAGAUUGUGGAGUGGCCGAAGAGGGAGAUGAGACCGGGUGGGAAACGGAAUAACUUUUGUGUGGUUGUUAGGAGGGGUGGGGAGUGAGGAUUGCCGAACGGGGGUUACGAUCC